AGAAACAUAACCUCUAAUUUCGGAUUCUGUAGUGUUAGUGUAGAUAUUUUGGUGAUUUUGAAUUUGCCAUUUGAUACAGUACACACUAGCGUAUUUUGAAGUUUUGAACAUUGAAAUUAUAUUCAAAUAAAUGUUGUAAUGAUGACAACUAACAGGUACGUUUUAUUUGUUAUAAGCUUAAUCAGUAGUUUUGUCAUAGCUAUAGAAGCAGAGGCCCAUAAUAAAUAUACCAAAGACGCGAAUUUACCCACCCAAACUGAAGGGGACAAUCAUGUAGAUUUACGACCCGUAUCAUUGAAACAUCUUGAUAGACCCUUCAGAAUGUCUAAACUAAAUUUACUCUGGUCAAAGGCAGUAUUAAGACUUUCAGAAACCAAACUGAAAUCACUAUUUGGAGAACUGAAAUUGCAUGACAAAGAAGAAAUAACUUGGAAGCAUCUACGUGCUGAAGGCAAAGAUAAAGAUGGCUUGAAAGAAGCAGAGUUGCGCAAGAAAAUGCUAACCAUUAUGAGCAACUUCAAUCUUCUUGAUCAGGCAGAUGAUAUUUCUGAUCCGGAAAAAACGAGACCCUUCAAACCACUCAAUGAAGCUAGUGAUAAACAUAUCAAUAAAAGUUUGUUCAAGGAUAAGAAGCUGAACAAACUGUGGGAAAAGGCAGAAAGAGCUGGGUUCACUCAGGAAGAGUUGUUGGCUCUCAGUGAAGAGUUUGGACAUCAUCAAGAUAAAAUUGAUCAGUAUUAUUCAUUAUUGCAUGAUGUAAAAGGGAAUCCAGAGGAAAAUGCUGAAAAUUCUAUAGACGAUUCUCUCGAUAAAUACAACAAAAUAGAAUUCAUUGAAGAGCAAGAACCAAACAAAGACUACCUAGACAAAGCCAAUUUAAUACGUGAAAAAUACAAGGACAUUAAAGACGGUUUUGAUCACUUACACCUUCUUGCUGCCAAAGGUCCUGCCAGUAGAGAAUUCGUGGAACCAAAAGUACAGGGUUUAUGGAGAAUAGCGAUUGAAAGCAAUUUCACUCCAAGUGAAUUGCAUUCGUUGAAAACAGAGUUGCUGCACUACGAAAAUCGGUUGCUGAAGUUACGUCACUUGCAAGUUGAGCAUGCUUUGCACGAAGAAAAGUACAAGGACAAGCCGAAAAUGACCAUAGCUGGUGGUAAAACGAAUGCUGCUUCCCUUAUGGAAGAUAGCAUUAAGAAGCAUGCCAGGAAAGUUGAAAAGCUUCAUCUGGAUAUUGAGACUAGGAUUAUGCAAAAGCAUAUAGAGCUUUAAUGAUUUGAAGCAGCUAUAAAUAAGGAUUAUUCUCUCAAAGCCAAAUUCUCAAUAUUGUAGAUUGUUUUAAUGAGUUGUGCAUGUCAUUUGAAGUUUAUGUAUGUUGUGGAAUUAAUUUUAUAGUUUUGUAUUUACUAAUUUAAAAAAUAUAUAUUAUUGACGAUGU